CUGGUCCUUAUACCUCUGUCUGCUGUCUUAAUUUGCCAAUUUACCCCAGCUAUGCAGCGACUUAUUACCCAGACUGUUAGUAUUACAAGGUAUUCAACCUUUAGGAAGAAAUACCCUUUUUCUUGUUACAGGCAGACCGCAGCCAUGUCUACACUCUUGAUUAAUCAACAGAAGUACUCCUGGCUGAAAGAACUGGGUCUGAAGGAGGAAAACGACGGAGUUUACAACGGGACCUGGGGAGGGAAAGGAGAGGUCAUCACCUCGUACUGCCCUGCAAACAAUGAGCCUAUUGCCAAAGUCCGACAGGCGACUUUGCAGGAAUAUGAAGAAACUGUUCAAAAGGCAAAGGAAGCUUGGAAAAUUUGGGCAGAUAUUCCGGCACCAAAACGUGGAGAAAUUGUAAGACAAAUUGGAGAUGCUUUAAGAAAGAAGAGUAAAGUUCUAGGCAGCCUGGUUUCCUUGGAAAUGGGCAAGAUCUUUGUUGAAGGUGUUGGAGAAGUCCAGGAGUACAUAGACAUCUGUGACUAUGCUGUCGGCCUCUCUCGAAUGAUCGGCGGACCUGUGCUACCGUCCGAAAGACCAGGCCAUGCCCUGAUUGAACAGUGGAAUCCAGUUGGUCUUGUUGGAAUUAUUACUGCAUUUAACUUCCCUGUAGCUGUUUAUGGGUGGAAUAAUGCCAUAGCACUGAUCUCUGGAAAUGUCUGUCUCUGGAAAGGAGCACCCACAACUCCAUUAACCAGUGUAGCAGUCACAAAAAUUGUUGCAGAGGUUUUGGAAGAGAAUAAACUACCAGGUGCUAUUUGUUCUAUGACCUGUGGGGGAGCCGAUAUUGGAACUGCCCUUGCCAAGGAUGAACGAGUGGACCUUGUAUCCUUCACUGGCAGCACCAAUGUAGGGAAGCAGGUAGCCCUGACUGUACAGGAGCGAUUUGGACGGCAGUUGUUGGAGCUUGGUGGGAACAAUGCCAUAAUAGUUUUCGAGGAUGCUGACCUAAACCUUGUGAUACCAUCGGCUCUGUUUGCUGCUGUGGGAACUGCAGGACAGCGAUGCACAACAACUAGGCGAUUGUUCUUACAUGAAAGUGUUCACGAUGUAGUGGUUGAAAAAUUAGCCAAGGCCUACAAGCAAGUCAGAAUCGGCGAUCCUUGGGACCCUAGCACUAUGUAUGGACCUCUCCACACCAAACAGGCAGUGGACAUGUACUUGGCUGCAGUUGAUCAAGCCAGACAGCAAGGGGGCACUGUGGUGUGCGGAGGAAAGGUGAUCGAUCGACCUGGAAACUACGUGGAGCCCACAAUUGUCACUGGUCUUGCCCACAGUGCACCUAUUGUCCACACAGAAACAUUUGCCCCUAUCCUGUAUGUGCUCAAGUUCAAGACGGAGGAAGAAGCUUUUGCAAGGAACAAUGAAGUAAAACAAGGACUGUCGAGCAGCAUCUUCACUACCGAUAUGGGCAAAGUGUUCCGCUGGCUGGGACCCAAAGGAUCAGAUUGUGGAAUUGUAAAUGUGAACAUUCCCACUAGUGGGGCUGAAAUUGGAGGAGCUUUUGGUGGUGAAAAGCACACAGGCGGCGGGCGAGAGUCCGGAAGUGAUGCAUGGAAACAGUACAUGAGGAGAUCUACCUGUACCAUCAAUUACAGCAAGGAACUGCCUCUUGCCCAGGGAAUCAAAUUUGAGUGAAAAUAAAGAUCUGAAACUCCCCCAAACCUCCAGCACUUCUAAAAGCUUUAAAAGGGAGAAUACAAAUCACGUUCUCCUACAAGCUGUCAUUAAACCCAUGAUGCCUCAAUUUGGAGUUCAAGUAAAAAAAAAAAAUAAAUAAAAUAAAAUAAAAAACUGCUUAAAUAAUUUCAUAUUAAUGAUUGUAUUGGCAUUAAAGUUACUCUGCACCUUGCUCUGUAAUUUAAAAAAAUGAUACAGUUCUUCAUACAGUUGCCUUGAAGUUGUGCACUGCCUGAGUUGGAAUAAUGUGCUGGUUUAUGUAGGUAGCAUUUUUAAUACAGAUUCUGUCUAUACAUCUAGUCGUGCUAUUUGUCCAGUGGACACUGAUUAUUUGUUUUGACAAAGUACCAGAAUGGGAAGCAAGAUAUUUGUUUGAGACAAGGUGUCAUAACCUGCUUUGUUGUACCAAAUGUUUUCCACUCCUUUAUGUACCUGUUAUGCAGCGUUGAGUUCCAUGGAGAAAGUUUGUAAACUGAAAUAAAUCUUGCAUUGAUUGUGAA